GGGAGGGGGGAGGAACAUGGCGCAAGCUCUGUCCGAGGAGGAGUUUCAACGGAUGCAGGCUCAGCUUCUGGAACUCCGAACAAACAACUACCAGCUUUCAGAUGAACUACGCAAGAAUGGUGUUGAACUCACCAGUCUUCGACAGAAGGUCGCCUACCUGGAUAAGGAGUUCAACAAAGCUCAGAAGGCACUGAGCAAGAGCAAGAAAGCUCAGGAAGUCGAGGGGCUGCUAAGUGAAAAUGAAAUGCUGCAAGCAAAGCUGCACAGCCAAGAGGAGGACUUCCGCUUGCAGAACAGCACACUUAUGGCCGAGUUCAGCAAGCUCUGCAGCCAGAUGGAACAUCUGGAGCUGGAGAACCAGCAACUGAAGGAUGAGGCUUCCAAGGCAGGGGCUGCCCAGGCUGGGAGCGUUGUGGAUGGGGAGCUGCUGAGACUGCAGGCGGAAAAUACAGCCUUGCAGAAGAAUGUGGCAGCUCUGCAGGAGCGCUAUGGGAAAGAAGCUGGGAAGUCCACAGCUGCCAUUGAAGGCCAAGGGGACCAGCCAGAGGGCCAAACCCCCACCGUCUUGUCCCCCAUGCCACUGGCAGAGGUGGAGCUGAAGUGGGAAAUGGAGAAGGAGGAGAAGAAAUUGCUCUGGGAGCAACUACAAGGCUUGGAGAGUUCAAAGCAAGCCGAAACAUCCAGGCUACAGGAAGAACUUGCUAAGCUCUCAGAGAAACUGAAAAAGAAGCAAGAAAGUUUUUGCCGUCUGCAGACAGAGAAGGAGACACUAUUCAAUGAUAGCCGGAACAAGAUUGAGGAAUUACAACAGCGGAAGGAAGCUGAUCUCAAAGCUCAGGUGGCUAGAAAUCAGAAGCUGCAGCAGGAGCUCGACGCUGCCAAUCAGAGCCUGGCAGAGCUAAGAGAUCAGCGACAGGGGGAACGGCUGGAACAUGCAGCAGCUCUGCGAGCCCUACAAGAUCAGAUCCAAACAGCAAAGACCCAAGAGCUGAAUAUGCUCCGGGAACAGACUGCUCAGCUGACAUCUGACUUGCAGCUGCGGCAGACUGAGUAUGAGCACCUCAUGGGACAGAAAGAUGACCUCAACUCCCAGCUUCAGGAGUCAUUACGGGCCAAUAGUCGGCUGCUGGAACAACUUCAAGAAAUCAGUCAGGAGAAGGAACAACUGACCCAGGAACUACAGGAUGCUCGGAAGAGUGCUGAGAAGCGGAAGGCCAUGCUGGAUGAGCUAGCAAUAGAGACGCUGCAGGAGAAGUCCCAGCACAAGGAAGAGCUAGGAGCUGUCCGACUUCGGCAUGAGAAGGAGGUGCUGGGGGUGCGGGCCCGUUAUGAGCGCGAGCUCCGUGAGCUGCAUGAGGACAAGAAGCGGCAGGAGGAGGAGCUCCGUGCCCAGAUCCGAGAGGAGAAGGCCCGCACUCGGGAACUGGAGAGUCUCCAGCAGACAGUGGAAGAGCUUCAAGCUCAGGUACACUCUAUGGAUGGAGCCAAGGGCUGGUUUGAACGGCGCCUGAAGGAGGCUGAGGAAUCCCUGCAGCAGCAGCAGCAGGAACAAGAGGACGCCCUGAAGCAGUGUCAGGAGCAGCACGCCAAGGAGCUGAAGAACAAGGAAGAGGAACUACAGGGUGUUCUGGAUCAGCUCCAGCAGGCCCAGGAGGAGCGUGACUCCCACCUGAAGACCAUCAGCAACCUGAAGCAGGAGGUGAAGGACACCGUGGAUGGACAGCGCAUCCUGGAGAAGAAGGGCAGUGCCGCGCUCAAGGACCUCAAGCGGCAGCUGCACCUGGAGAGGAAACGGGCGGAUAAGCUGCAGGAGCGGCUGCAGGACAUUCUCACCAACAGCAAGAACCGUUCCGGCCUCGAGGAGCUGGUUCUCUCAGAAAUGAACUCACCAAGCCGGACCCAGACUGGGGACAGCAGUAGCGUCUCCUCCUUCAGUUACCGAGAGAUCUUGCGUGAGAAGGAGAGCUCGACCAUUCCAGCCCGGUCCUUAUCCAGCAGCCCUCAGGCCCAGCCCCCGAGACCAGCGGAACUGUCAGAUGAGGAAGUGGCUGAGCUCUUUCAGCGCCUGGCAGAAACACAGCAGGAGAAAUGGAUGCUAGAGGAAAAGGUGAAGCACCUGGAGGUGAGCAGCGCCUCUAUGGCAGAGGACCUCUGCAGGAAGAGCGCCAUCAUUGAGACCUACGUCAUGGACAGCCGGAUCGAUGUGUCCGUGGCAGCAGGCCACACAGACCGCAGCGGGCUGGGCAGUGUCCUGAGAGACCUAGUGAAGCCAGGUGACGAGAACCUUCGGGAGAUGAACAAGAAGCUACAGAACAUGUUGGAGGAGCAGCUCACCAAGAAUAUGCAUCUGCAUAAGGACAUGGAAGUUCUGUCCCAGGAAAUUGUGCGGCUCAGCAAGGAGUGCGUGGGGUCUCCUGAGCCAGACCUACAACCAGGAGAAUCCAGCUAAAGACCUGCAGGCUGCCUCCACUCCCACCCUUUCUCUCCCCUCCCCCUGAACACUAUUCAUUUGGGCUAAAGUGGGGAAAUGGGGACUGGCACCAAAAUCAAAUAGGUUGGGACACUGGACAUUAAAGGGGCUGGAGGCCUGAUGGCUGGUUGGUAGUGACCCUGUCUUAGGACAGUGGUCCCUGGGGAGUGAGGACCCUGAGGGGAGUGGCAGGGGUUCCCAGGGGCAUUCGCCUUCAUCUCUGCAUGAGUUCUCCCUCCCAGAGACCAACUGUUUUUUAUUUUAUUUUAUUUUUAAUUUAUGUCUGGAAGCCUGGCUACUCUGCAUUUGGGAUUGGGGAUGUUGGGUGGGGUGUGGUCCAUGUUCAACAUUCUAGAAACGUGUGUGUGUGUGUGUGUGUGUGCACGCGCGCGUGCGUGUGUGCGUGUGCGUGUGUGUGUGUGUAAAGGUUGUGCAGCCAAAAUACCAUCUGGCCAGACGGGCCCAUGCACUGAC